CUCUCACUCACUCACACACACACACACACACACACACACACUCACUCACUCACUCACUCACUCACACACACACACACACACACACACACACACGAGGCUGUUUCAUGAGCGCUGGAGGAGACACACCGCUGAAAGAACACCGGAGAUCCUGAUCCUCUCACCUGAGCUCCCAGCGCACGAGAGUCACAAAGAUGACAUGGCGUCCCCAGUACCGCAGCUCAAAGUUUCGGCAUGUGUUUGGUAAAGCUGCCUCUAAAGAGAACUGCUACGAUGGAGUGCCGAUCACAUGCAGUGUCCAUGACAACCAGCUGUGUGCCGUCAACCCGCGGUUCAUCGCCGUCAUCACUGAGUGUGCAGGGGGCGGAGCCUUUAUCGUCCUGUCCAUCAAUAAUACAGGGAAGUUGGACCCCCAUCAUCCGAGGAUCUCUGGUCACAGAGGGAAUGUUCUAGAUGUCAAGUGGAAUCCAUUUAACGAUUAUUGCAUAGCUUCCUGUUCAGAGGAUGCAACGGUGAAAGUCUGGGACAUUCCUAAACAUGGUGUGAUGAAAAACAUCACAGUUGCAUGGAAGGAACUUCAGGGUCACUCUCGCCGAGUCGGACUCAUCGAGUGGCAUCCAACCGCCAGUAACGUCCUGUUCAGUACCGGAUACGACUACCAGGUGAUGGUGUGGAACCUGAACACACCUGAGCAGGUUAUUAAGAACCCGCUGCGUUCCAUCAGCCUUCACACCGACGUGGUUCUGUCUCUGUCCUUUAACACAGACGGCAGUCUCAUAGCCACUUCCUGUAAAGACAAGAAGCUCAGAAUCAUCGACCCGCGCACUGGGACACUGCUGCAGGAGACCAGCACAAAGACACACAGAGCCAGUAAAGUGAUAUUUCUGGGGAACCUGAAGAUGCUGCUGUCGACAGGGAACUCACACUGGAACCAUCGGCAGAUUGCCCUGUGGGAUCAGGAGGACCUUUCCCAGCCGUCAUUUCAGGAGGACUUGGACGGUUCCUCUGGGGUGUUGUUUCCUUUUUACGACCCUGACACACACAUGCUUUACAUAGCUGGCAAAGGAGAUGGAAAUAUACGAUAUUACGAAAUCAGCUCAGAGAAACCAUAUGUGCAUUACCUGACUGAGUAUCGCUCUCCCCUCCCACAGAAAGGAAUGGGCGUGAUGCCAAAACGAGGGCUGGAUGUUUGCUCCUGUGAAGUUUUCAGGUUUUACAGACUGGUGACCACAAAGGGCCUCAUUGAGCCACUGUCUAUGAUUGUCCCACGCAGGAGUGAAUCCUAUCAAGAGGACAUUUAUCCGAUGACAGUUGGGAUUAAACCAGCCAUGACAGCAGAGGAGUGGCUAAGUGGCAUGGACAAAGGUCCUGUGCUGGUGUCCCUGAAGCCAGGCCUGGUCCCUAAAACGGAGCUGUUUGAGAACGAAGAACCGCUAAAAACUCCCAGUGUUCAAUUAAACACCCGACGGACUCCGAGUCGACCUGGUGUUCAGCAGCUCAACUUCACUGAACCCCAGAGGAACAGGGAUGAGGAAAGAAGUGAAGUGAAGCAAGAGGAUAGAAAAGAACAGAACUCUGAGACUAUUGCUAACGGACAGGCAGCUAUCACACUCUGCUCACCACCUAAAACUGAAAAUGAGCUCUUGCAGGUGUAUUAUAAGCAACAGGAGGAGAUCCGUCGGCUCCAUGAGCUUCUCGGUCAGAGAGAUGUACGGAUAACGCAGCUUGAGCUUGAGAUAAAAAAUGUCAGGAACUCACUCUGAGGAGACGCACACACACACACACACACACACACACACACACACACACACACACACACACACACACACACACACACACACACCUCAAGCUGCCUAAACCUGCUUUAAUCCCAAAACACUGCGUCACUUUUUACAGCUGUGUCCUUAAAUGUGGCUUUUUAAUCUUUAUGUACUUUUGUUUUUUUCAGCUAUGCAAUGUGAUUUUUAAUCUUUUUGUGUGUGUGUGUGGGGGGGGGGGGUGUUGGGGGGGGGUUAUGUGCCUGUUAUAGACACCACACUGAGACAAUUUGUGUGUGUCUAUGAAUCCACAGGUAUGCUGAUUGUGUAACACACUGAAUGUGUUGGUGAGUUAAACUGCUGUAUGAUAAAUUUACGGGUAUCUCAGUGACACACUUUACUUUUCUCAUAUUUAUUGUUCUCUUAUGUUGCUCUUUAUGUUUUAACUCUUUUUUUAAAAGACAGUGACCAAAAAAAAGAACAAAAGAUCAAUGUGUUGUAGCUAAAGAUCCGACAGCAGGGUUUCGGGGGGUCUUCAGUGCACUGAGCCGCUAGCUUUAUGUCAGCGUCGCUUUAAUUCAACACGUUUUAGGAAAAAAAAACCCACAAUAUAUUCAGAAUAUAUGAAGCCAUGAUCAACACUCAUGUACAGCACCGAUCCUGCAAUAAUGUCAAUGUUAUUCAUAGAAUUAUUUGUUUUUAGUCAAACUCGCUCUGAUAGUUAUAUUACACUGGAUUUAUAAAUAAACCACUGGAUUUUUUUCUCUAUUCUGUUUCUAAAAUGUUGAUUUUUUUUUCCCCACAAAUGUUUUUUAACUUUAGAAUUUCUCAUUUUAUUUUGAUUAUCUCCAUUUAUUUGUGUCCAUUUGUUUUUACUUUUAACUGAAUAUUAAUAAGAGUUGGAUCUACAUUUAUGACUUGGGUGGGAAGAAGAAGUAAACUGGGAUGGUCGAGAGAGCAUCUUUACUCUCUCUCUCUCUCUCUCUCUCUCUCUCUCUCUCGCUCACUCACUGUGUGUUAACGUAUCGUUUGUUUUAUCUCCACACUCGUCUAAGAGCUUUAUAAUAAGAACGUGUCACUCUGUACUGUGAAAACUCAACCCUGAAACAUUAGCAUCUGAAUCUUUAGCGUUAACGUGAUCUGUUUUUCCCCUGAGGUUUUACACACUACUUACGCUGUCGUGCUGAUGGUGGUGCAGUAGGGUUUCUCCUCACACUGCCUGAAAAUAGCCUAGUGGUGGCUCAGCUGGUUAAGGCUCUGGGUUGUUGAUCGAAGAAUCGGGGUUCAAGGCCCAGCACAGCCAAACUGCCACUGUUGGGCCCUUGAAAAAGGCCCUCAACCCUCCCUGCUCCAGGGGUGCUGUAUCAUAGCUGCCCCUGCACUCUGACCCCAACCUCCUCAGUUGGGGUACGUGAAGAAAAGAAUUCCACUCUGCUGUAAUGUUUUAGCGGGGAAGUCGUGGUCUAAUGGUUAGAGUCUGACUCCUAACCUUAAGGUUGUGGGUUCGAGUCUCGGGCCAGCAAUACCACAACUGAGGUGCCCUUGAGCAAGGCACUGAACCCCCCCAACUGCUCCCCGGGCGUCACAGCAUAAAUGGCUGCCCACUGCUCCGGGUGUGUGUGUGUGUGUGUGCACUUUGGAUGGGUUAAAUGCAGAGAACGAAUCCGUAUGUCAUGUCACAUCACUUUAACUUAGUGAUGCGUCAGUGCUUUAAUCCUUUAUUCUGUCCGGUUCUCUCACCACAUCUGUACUCUCUGCUCAUUAACACCAUCACCAACACCGUCCCACUCACCUCGUAUAUCGCCGACUUCUAGCUGCACUGCGUUCGGAGACUUUGAGUGCAGUGGUGUCUCUUUUCAUACAACACCAGAAACCAGUCACUGAACACACGACAGAUAUUUCAGUAUGAACGUGUUUCAGGGUGGAGUUUAACACCUGCACGGUUUUACACACAGUAGAAAGUCGUCAAUUAACAUGCUGUUGAAUUCUACACACAGGCGUCUGUGGUUGUAUGAAAUGUAGUUUAUAAAACGUUACCAAGGUUUGGUUUAUCCUUUACUACUUCAUCUCUGUACUCAUGACAUCAUCAUCAUCAUCAUCAUCUCAAAUGAUCACUUAAACUCGGACCUAACGAGAACGAACACAGAGUCAGUCCAACACCGUCAGUGUUUAUUCAGCUCUGGGGAUUUGUGAGACUUACAUCAUUGUAACGAAAGUCAUAUGUUUAAAUGAAAGCUUUAAAACUGUGUGUGUGUGUGUGUGUGUGUGUGUGUGUGUGUGUGUGUGUGUGUGUGUGUGUGUGUGUGUGUGUGUGUGUGUGUGUGAGGGAGAGAGAGAGAAAACAGGACUCUACCAUGUCUUUCCUCACAAGCUUUAUAAACCGUCCUAUGAUUUAUUGUGAAUUUGUAAAGUUGUUGAUUUAAAUGUACACAAUCAUGCACACUGUACUGUACUCUACACACACACACACACACACUGCCAUAGUGUCUCAGCUGAAUUACAGUGUGUUUGAGAACCA